UGUGUUGCCACGUUAAUGUUUAAACCGUGUGAGCUGGGUUACAACCACGCACGUAACGGCUCCGUGUUGUUCUGUGUUUGUCACACCAGGCGUCGCUGUGUAACAAUUGUACACUGACUCCUUUAACCUUUCAGUUCAGAGAAGUUAUUAAGUUACUUUAGCAGGAAAGCUUAAAUACUUAUCACCACCUAACCACUUAUAGUGAAUGCUAUAGUAGAAUGCGUCAUAAAGUUGCUGCAUACAAGACGUGGUACUUUAAGUUUAAUGAGUUCAAGUAAAGUUUAAAAUACCAAUAGUUUAAAACGAGAUAUCGGCAAAUACACAAAGAACGUUAGUGAACCACGUGUUCGCUCACUUAUGAGACGUAUUGACUGUGUUGGAGUUUGUAUCUGGUACAUACUGUACUUCUCCAAGGGGACGUCUAACUUCCUGUUUGGUAAUUUCAAAGUAAAUGUGCACGGUUAAUGUCGAUGUUACUCUACACACUUUGCUCGGUAUUAAUUGAAUUGCACUUGUCUAAUCUAACUUUGUCUAAUGCGAUAUUUAUGAUCGGAAGUUUAGGAACUGUAAUGUUAAAUGUUUGGCAACACUGUUGUAAAUAUUUUAAAAAGUGUCUACGUUUAUUUUAUUUAUAUUAUAGUAUUUGAAACACGUCUAGAGAUGACGUAAUGUUACGUCUAAGGAUCACUUAUUGUUAACUGUUAUGUUUUAUACGUAUUAACAUGUUUCGUCUGUGUUGUUUAUUUUGAAGUAUUUUUUGUGGUUUCUCGUCUUAUUUUGAAAUAACACCCCGGAAGCGUUGAUUUCAUUUUCCUCCAACUUUACCCGCUGGACCGCGGCACUUUUUUUUUGACAGCGGAAAUGAGGAGUCGCCGCUUUUCCGUGUCAAGUUCGUGGCUGAAAGUUUUCUUUCCUUUUUUUUCUUUGCAGAGGAACCGUCGCGUGCACUUACGAUGCGAGAGAAAGCGACGGACGUCCCAGCGUGCGGCCUCUCCUCUCCCGUCCACUCCCCGCUGCCGCUCGCCGACGCCGCGUUGACUCACUUUAGACGCUUCUCGACACAUUUCCGUUAUGCAAAGUCCAACUUGUUGGUUCGUCGUCGCGCUGCGGAGGGUGCCCGUGCGAGAUAACGGAGAACUGAUUCUCUGUCAGUUUGGUUACUGCAAUGAAUGGUAACACUAUCCAUCCAGCCAACACCACCACAACCGCGGGGGGAGGCCCAGCCGUGGCAGCGCCCCCGAGAGGCUGGAGGGAGUUCUGCGAGCUGCACGCAAUCGCUACCGCCCGGGAGCUGGCCGGACACUACCGGAGCUUCGCCAGGGAACGACAUGACGUGCUCCCACCAGAGACCUUUUCCAAGCAGUUCACUGACCUUUUCCAGCAGCACUUCAGCUGUGAGGUCAACAAAGAUGGCUGCCCCCUCAGCCCCAACACGUGCUCCCCUGCUACGAGCAACGCUUCGCCCCCGCCUCCGACGCAGACCGUGAUCGGCCGGGUGCGGACCGCGCCCUUGUCCGGGGUGCAGGACUACCGGGAGGCGGGCCGGCCCGCCGGGGGACCCGCCCUCUUUUCGGUGGUGUCGCCGAAGGUGGAGACGGUGGUGGUGCACCGAGAACAGGAGCAGCCGCUGCGCUGUGCUGCAGCGAACCCGGUGGCGCCGAGGGGCUCGACCCGCAGCGCCAGCGGCUCACUGCGCCUUCGUAGCCACAGCAGCGAGGAGAUCUCCGACGGCAGCCGUCGCCGGGCUUCGGAGCGGUACUCCUCGGACUCGUCGGCCUCCAACCCCGCGCACACCGACGUCACGCACUUCCCUGUCCGUCACAUCCAGCAGACUGUAAGACGGAUUUUCAAAAGACGCCCCCUCUCCACCCCCCCCUCAUCCCAGGACCUGUCUCCCAGCAGCAACCCCUCCAACAACAAUCCCGCAAAUAAUGCUGACAGAGUGAGUGGGAUUUCCUCCACAAAUGAGGAUGUGUCAUCCUCCUCCUCCUCGUCCUCCUCGUCUUGUCCGAACUCUGAAGCCACGCCCGCGGCCUCCUCACAUCGGUCUGUGGCUCGAGUAGCCUCUCAACUCCUGGACAGUUUCCGGUGGCUCCGCAGCAGGAGCAUGAGGCAGAGGAGGCAGGAGUUGAGCGGCUGCUGCUGUAAAGAGGGUCACCUGAGGUACUUGAUGGUGGACGACACUAUCUCUGACUCUCAGCCACGCUGGCAACGCUGCCGCCUGCUGGUCAGGAGGAUCAGAGACGCUCAGGGUGGAGGCAGAGGAGGAGGGGAGACGUACCAGCUGGAGCUCUACGAUCCUCCAAAGGCCUCCAGCCCUAAACUGACAACUCACUGCUCGGAUAUCCAAGAAGUUCGCCGCUGUAACGUAUUGGAGAUGCCCGACAACUUAAACACUUUUGUUUUAAAGGUUAAUCGAGGUAGUCUGAUAUUUGAGACGGACAACGACCAGCAGGUCAGCUCUUGGACGACAGAGCUGAAGGAAUGUAUCAGCAACAGGUCGAGCAGUGUGGAACUGGAGCCUCUCCCCUCGCCGGCUGACGGCUCUGAACCAGCCAGCACACACGGAGGAAGCGCAGACUCGGCGAGUCAGAGCCCCGCCCCCUUCCCCCUACUGAAGCAGGCUGUCCAGAAAACGGAUCACUUCCUGUUCUCCUACCCGUGGUUCCACGGGCCCAUCUCCCGGGUCAAGGCGGCACACCUGGUUCAGAGCUCCGGCCCAGGGGGCCACGGGGUGUUUCUGGUCCGGCAGAGUGAGACGCGCAGGGGCGACUACGUCCUCACGUUCAACUACCAGGGGAAAGCAAAGCACUUGCGCCUCUCUCUAACAGAAUGGGGUCAGUGCAGGGUGCAGCACCUGCGCUUCCCCUCUGUGAUGGACAUGCUCAGCCACUUCCGCCUUUUCCCCAUCCCCUUGGAGUGCGGAGCCGCCGGCGCCGUCACGCUGUCCAGCUUCGUCGUGGCUGGGUCCAGCCUUCCAUCACAGGGUCAGCUCUCGAACACCGUCCUGGUCCCCUUCUCCCUCCACCGGUGGAACUCGGAGCCCAGCUUGGCUCACUGCAGCCUGCCUCACGCCUCCAGCCAGCCCCCGUCCUCCAGCUCCACCACCAGCUCCGCGUCCACCCCCAGCUCCAGCUCCCAGCCGGGGGGCCACCCGUUCGCCCGCACCAACCCCCCCUCAGACCCUCCCCCGCCCGUGCCCCCUCCUCUGCGCCGCAGUGAAUCCGUAGGGCGGAGGCCCCUGCUCCGCCACACCAGCGCCCACGCUCCCAUCAUCCCUCAGCGGGAUUCGGACUACGAGCUGGAGCCCGAGCGCGGCCGCAUGCGGGCGAUAGACAACCAGUACAUGUUGCUCUGACCCACUCAUGCUUGUGUCAACUCUGAACGACGGCACCCGUGAAGCCCACACACACACACACACACACACACACACACACACACACCAUACAUACGCAUUGUUUUACCCCCACUAAGCUUCAUGUGACUCAUGAACUUGUGAGAACAAAGCUUCGUCUGAACACAUAGCACUGUGUAUGUCAACGCAUACACUCGCCCACUAUGUCUGAGCUGCGUGUGUUUACCAGCAUCAGACCUUCACAGCCAAAACCCCGAGUGUCCACAGUGAAUGUAUUUUUGGGAGUUUUCUAGCAGUGUUGACUGUGAUAAUUGUUUUCUUUGUUUCGAUGCUGAGGUUCUGUGUGAGAGAGCAGAAGAGAAGGCUUCCAUCCUUUUUUAUAGUCUAACCUGAACUUUAUGCAAAAGGAGUUAAAUCAAGUUAAAAAAAAAAAAAAGAGGUAACUCGUUUCGGCUUCAUCCCGUCAGGCGUCGCCACAGCGAAUGAUCGGCAUGGUUGAUUUGGCAGGUUUUUACGCCGGGUGCGCUUCCUGACACAACCCCUCUUUGAUCUGGGCGACAGUUGAGCAGAUCCCACCUACAAACACUGAGGACUUUAGACACAUUUCAGUAGAUGGUCCUUCUCUUGCAUAUUACUAUAUAUUUAUGUGCAUGUUGCUUUUAGUGCACUUUGUAAACAAUGUGUAUUUUUUCUAUACACAGAUUAUUUUUCAGAAAUAUAACCAAAGGGGAAACUUUGGUUAAAGUCAAUUGGCAAAGCUCCAACAAACUUCCAAAGCAGUGCUUUCACUCGUUUACACUUUGCUCAAGCACAAAACCAGUGAUUUAAGAUCAGCUCCUUCUGCACAGUUGUUGUCCAAAGCACUUGUUUGAGCAUGAACGCGUAGUUUAUUGACAUGUCAGUAAAGUACGUGGUUCACCUUCAUGCCCCGUUUCUAACUGCGAGGAUUUCCUACAUUAGUCCAGUAACAAUGGGAAGAAAUGAAUUGAAGUGAAUGCUAAAACAUAAUCCAUCCACUGUAGUGCAUUGGUUUAGUAGUGGAAACGAUGUCCUGUCACCAAAGUGAGACCUGGCAGCACAAGGUGAAUUUAUUAAGCAGAGCUCUAAAAACUAACAAGCUUCACUCCGAAGAGCGCGAGAGGGGAAACACUCGACGUAAAGACCAAAAGCAAACAAUUACGCCUAAAUGAAUUGUCCAGGCUUUGAAAUCUUAUUCAGUCAGUUUAUUCAUUGGCGAAAUCACACAGGUGCCUCUGUAAAUAUCAACAUUUACUACUUUUUACACUGAUAGCAUUAAUUAUGUUCCUAGUAUUUUUAUAUGUCACCACCACAAGUCAAUUGAAAAAAAAUUGUAUUUUUUCUACACUAUAGAUGUUUUUAAUAGAGCCUUGUUUGGAGGUAUAGGAAAUCUUUGUGUCCAGAUGUUGAACAUCAGAGUUUAGACACGUUCUUCUGGGUAAUUUUGGUCGUUGACCUGCAGCUUCACCGUUUUUCUUUCCCUGUUUACGAAAUUAACGGCCAAUUAAUUUCCGGUGCCUUCUGAGUUUGUCAUUCAACCUUUAAACUAUAACAGAUGAUCAUCACGUAACUCAGGUGUGAAGUAUAUUGCCAAGAUUUAAUUUGCUACAUUGUUAUUGAAGUUUCUUUUUUGUACAGAAAACGUCUAAACAGGUUUUUGCCAAAGAGAGAAGCUGCUGUGUGUAUUAAUACUCACAGGCCUGAUUUCUCUCAGAACCAUCACCUGAUUUAGAACCAAAGCUGAUUUAAAGCGUAUGUUCACUGUCUCAUGAGAAGCCUUUAGUUAUUUUUGUGGCUAAUGAGGCAGAAUGUCCCGUAACCGUGGUCAUCAGCUGUUCACAGAGUCAGUAGUAAUCAGAGUUUCUCUCAUUUACUUGCAGUAACAUCCUUUAGUGGCUGGAUGUCGUUGGGCAGUAGUGUGCUAGGAUGCGCUACCUGUCUGCUAACUUUGCUUUAACACUAACUUUAGCAGUUGGUUUUAGAUUUACCUUCAGUGAACCUGCCCUUGUUUGUUAUAGUUUCCUGUUUUUAGUUUUAUAAAUGCAUACAGUAAAUGCCACUUUGUUUCCUCAUGAACAUGACCAGAGUAAGUCUGCUGUGAUUAACAUCAUGUCUACUUUGUCUACCAAAGGAUCAUUUGGUACCGUGGUUGUGUUGUUUUCCUUAACGUGUCUUCACGAUCUAGACUGACGUCUUUGAAGUGUUUUAAAGGGGAACAAAGACAAGGAUGUUUUUGGCAAAUGUACGGUUGCUCUUCCUGCCAUGACGCGUCCAAAGCCAAAACAAAUCUUUCAUCACCUCUGUUUCACUUCCGCUGAAAGAAAGCAACGGUAACAAGAACUAUUGACGAUCAGUCCCAUCUUAGCUGACUUUUUUUUUUUUUUUUAUUUUAAACCAAGGGAGAAUGACUGUGCCUUUGCCAGAAAGCUGCUGUUGCUUUUCCCCUUUUUUUUAAAGUGCAGGUGUGAUGUGGUGCAGAACAUGUGUAGUGCAAUAUCUGAGAUGCCCACUGCCUCACCCCUUUAUGACGUACAGUAUGUAAGGAGCAAUCAUAGGCUUCCAGGUGAAUGAACUGUGUGAGAAUUCAGUGUUUGCACUGGCUCAUCGGCUGCACAACAAAUGCCAAAAACUCGCCACACAGGGAAUACCCACUGUUGUUCUGUUGGUUUCUGGUCUCAUUUCACCAUGGUUCACUCCAGUUGUCUCCAAUCGAGUUAAUCCCAAAGAUCCCUCGUACCUCAGGUUGCCUUCAGUCCCAGACGUCCACUCCAGCCGACACCCGUUGUCUCCCCGCGUACGUUUUAUUUGAAAAUGUCCAGUUGAUGAAUGUAAUGUGUUCUCAAUACUGUUCAUUCUGUUUAACUUAGCACUGUAAACAUUCCAGCUGAACCCAAUGUCCUCCUACCAGAAAACCACAACACCCUUCAGAUUUGCCCUGUUUUUGCAUCACCUUCAGUUAUAAGUAUCUAAAUUAUAUAUAAAUAUCAACUGUAUAUUUGACUUUUUUUUUUUUUAAAUAAACCUAACCAGAAAACACA